CGGUGGUGCAUGAGUAGAUCUCGUGCUUUCACUGCGCUAGGGAUGUUACAAAAAAGAAGACUACGGUUAUGAUAUGACCUUAGAAAGCCUUGGCCUGAGGAUGGGCUGCCAGGGGCGCAGGAAGAUGAAUUGACAGGAAGCUAUAAAUGGAUGGAGACAUGAGCAGAUAGAAUUUGGCACAUUUGCUGAAGCUUUGGAGGGACUGAGGAAAACUAAUGGACAGAAAAGAAAGAAGACAGACAAAAGGACAGAGCGACAGUAAAGAAUGUCAGAUUCCAACUGACACAUUUUGCUGAAUCAAUGAGGAAUUAGCGAUGGAUAAAAGGACAUUAAAGUGACUGUUUUUUCUGCUGACAAUUGAUGACGCAAGUAACGGCUCUGUGGGAUGACACGCAGAAACGGCUACAAAUAUGGAGCAUAACACGCUGACAGUUUGCUGUUAAUGAGUGUGGGACAGGAAGGACAUAUGAUAAUAAUGGGCAGACUGUCACUAAUAAUGACUGUGUGCCAGCUGGUAAUUGCUAAGCAUGCUGGGAUAGCAGAACUGGCCACUGAGUAACGGACACAGUCAGUAACUAGUAAGACCCUAGCGGCAACUGGUUGUCUCAAAGCAUGCUGGGACAUCAGGUUUCCCAGAUAUGUAACACCUAAGUAUGCCGGGACUUUGGAAACAACACAGCUGAUGAUGAACAGACGAGGACAGGUCAGAGGUCGGAGGUUUGUCAAGGCAGACUACUAUGAACUGGACUGGUACUAUGAGGAGUGUACUGAUGUGCUGUGUGCUGACAGAGUGGGACAGAUGACGAAGACCUACAGUGACAUUGAUGCUGUCACUCGACUGCUGGAAGAGAAAGAGCGUGACUUGGAGUUAGCAGCUCGCAUCGGACAGUCACUGCUGAAGAAAAACAAAGCCCUCAGUGAGAGGAAUGAAGUGCUAGAGGAGCAAGUGGAGCACAUCCGAGAGGAGGUGUCUCAGCUGCGGCAUGACUUGUCCAUGAAAGAUGAGCUGUUACAGUUCUAUACCAGCGCUGCCGAGGAGAGUGAGGGGGAGUCCACCACCUCCACACCUGUGCGUCCCAGUGAAACCAGUGUGUCAACUCCAAUUAGUUUCCCCCUUGACUCCUUGCAGAAGAAACUCAAAGAUCUGGAGGAAGAAAACAAAUCAUUGCGAUCUGAGGCUAGUCAUUUGGAGACGGAAACCAUUUCGUACGAGGAGAAAGAGCUGCAACUUGUCAAUGACUGUGUCAAAGAACUACGUGAUGCCAAUGUGCAGAUUUCCUCUCUGGCUGAGGAGCUGGCCAGGAAGACUGAAGACGCCUCCAGACAGCAGGAGGAGAUCACACACCUCCUCUCCCAGAUAGUAGACCUCCAGAAGAAGGCCAAGAUGUAUGCCGUGGAGAACGAGGGGCUGACUCAGCACUUAGGUGCAGCCAAAGAUGCCCAGAGACAACUCACUGCUGAACUGCGAGAGCUACAAGACAAGUAUGCAGAGUGCAUGGAGAUGCUUCAUGAGGCUCAGGAGGAGCUGAAGAACCUGAGAAAUAAAACUCUACCACUCAGCACACCGAGGCGUUUCCAUUCUCUGGGUCUGUUCCCAAUGGACUCUCUGGCAGCAGAAAUCGAGGGCACCAUGAGAAAGGAACUUCAGAUGGAUGAUCCAGAUGUAGAGGAGCAGAGACUGCACCCGAAGCGAGUGUUCCAGACGGUGAAAAACCUGAACUUGAUGCGUCAGCAGCGUUCAUCGCUGGCCCCCUCCCCCCUCAACAUCCCAGGCUCCAACCAGACAUCAUGCCUCACCUCAGGGCUCUCCAGCAGGGUGGGCACGCCACGCUCCAACUCCAUAUAUGGAAGCGACACAGGAAGUGGGAUCAUCCUAGACAACAGGACGAGCAGUAUCCUGGAGGGUCCGGAUGAUGGGUCAGAGGACUCUAACAAGCGUCCCCCUGGAACUCCAGGGACCCCAGGCAGCAGGGACCUGGAGGCGGCCCUGCGACGUUUGUCCCUCCGCCGUGACAACUACCUCUCAGAAAAACGCUUCUUUGAAGAUGAGAGGGAGAGGAAGCUGGCUUACCUGGCCAAAGCAGAAGAAAAGGGAGGUGAGGGGAGUAGCGGAGGCCCAGGGACACCGACAGAGAGCCUGUUGUCGCUGUGCUCUCAUCCCUCCUUAGGAAGCGUCUGGUCGGGGUACUCAUUCACAGCGAGGUCCUACCUGCCGGAGAAGCUACAAAUUGUAAAGCCGCUAGAAGGCUCUGCUACUCUCCACGCAUGGCAGCAGUUGGCUCAACCUCACAUGGGCGCUCUGCUGGAUCAUCGGCCCGGUGUGGUGACGAAGGGCUUCCGCACUUUAGCACACGAGCAGGAACAGGAAGACGGCUGGCACCUGGACCAACCAGAGGAGGACGAAGUUUCAUGCGACUCAUUCACCGGCAUGCCAGGAGAGAGCUCUGCUCCCUUGGAUGUGCCUCACUCUACCUCUUCUCCCUCCAUCUGCUGCAACAAAAAUGGAGACACGGAUGACAAUAGCCAAUCGGAAACAUUGCAAGGAGACAUGUGCAGGGCUAGAGAAGCCAUUCAUGGAAAAGAUGGACAUGUCGGAAGCAUGCCCCUUUCUUUCUCCGGCUCGUCCCCUUCUUCUUCUCCUCUCCCCACUUCUUCUGAGAUGAUGAAUGGACACGUGGACCUCAAGGAGCUCCAGGCCUUACAGGCCGCCACAGUGGACCGUAUGCCUGUUAAUUUCCCGGGGAAGUGUAUGUCCCAUACCAGCUCUACAUACACCUUCACCACCUGCAGGAUUCUCCACCCUUCUGAUCAGCUGACCUCUGUAUCCUCAAGCUCGGUUAUGGCCUCCUGUCAGAGCAGUGCUUGCAUCGGCACCCCUACCCCCGCCUCGUCUCCCAUACCCUUCUCUGCCCCACAGACACCUUCUUACACCCCCUGCUGCACCCCACGCCGCCUCUCUCUCUCCCUCUCACUAGCAGAGUCCUCCACCAACCUUCGGGACUCCACCAAGACCACCAGCACCUCUUUAGGCCUGGUGCGCCUCCUGCUGGAGCAUGGGAUUUCUGCCUCGGUGUACGACCCCCGCAGCUGGGACCGAGGGUUGGAUGCGAGCAGAGCUUCAACACCCGUGGGAGAAGCGCAAGCGCAGAGGAGCACCAACGCACUAGGGGAGACUGAAAAAAGAAAACUGGCAAAACGUCCGGACACCCUCCUCCUCCAGCCCUCCACUCCGCCCAACUCCCCUCGAUCCAAAUCUGCCUCUUCCACCACCAACCGCCCAGUCUUUCAGUUCAGCCCUUCCGCUGAAGACCCGCCAUUUUAUGACACCUUCCUCGCCUCUAAGCCAGCUCGUACCAUUCUGAGGGAGAUUCUGGGGGAGGCGGAGAGGGAACGAGAGGGACGACUGGAUGAUGACAGCCAAACAGAGAAGCUAAACCUGCGACUUGUGGACAAACUGAAACGUUUCCGCACCCUCUCCCCUCAUGCCGGUCCUGCUUCAUCUGGGGGUUCUCUAUUAGCCUCCUUUGGCUCUACCGGACUGGGGAACAGUGCACUGGGCGGGGGGCUUCCAGGUUUGAAUGCAGGGCUGAGGAGGAAUCGGAGCUAUCCCGCUAUGGUAGGGGCCAGUAUGGCUAUGAAAGACCCGGGAGGACCCCCUAACGCAGAGAUGGUCAUACCACAUACGAUGCAAACCCCACAACAGGAAAUGGACAAAAUGCAAACAAAUCACACAAAGGCCGCACACAUACCACAGACACUACAUGAACUGGACACAGCAGCACCACAGACAGUGAAACAGACACACACCAGGCCGAACUUCAGACUGUGGCACUCCACAAGCAGCGAGCAACACAGUGACGAUGAAACCGGGACAUAAUGGGAGGAUAGUCAGUGUAGUAGCUCAUAUUCCAAAACACUAACCUUUCACAGUACCAUACGAUGUUAAACGUGCACACAUACAC